AUGGACUUCUCCAAUAUCUUUCGUCUCGUUAACAUCGCGGUGGGUGUGGUCAUGGUGCUGGGUGGUAUCAGCCAGUUCUUCCCAGCCAGCAUGAGCUCCGUCAUUGUCGGUGCAUACGUGAUUAUCUUCGGUCUGGUUGUUGCCGGUCUGGAGUUCCUGCCUAACAUUCCCGACUACGCCUACCGUUACGCCUCUUUCCUCUUCUCCUUCCUGGGCCGUGGUGUCUUCUACAUCUUCGUCGGCUCUAUCCUCCUCCACGACCUCGUGCUGCGCGAGAUUGCCGGUUCCAUCGUUGGUAUCACCGGUGUCGCGUACCUCGUCCUCGAGUUCAUCCCCUCCAUCGAGCCUCCCUCCAACAUGCGCGAGGCUGACCAGGGUUGGGGUGCUGAGCAGGUCUAA